CGCCUGGCGGCUAACGCCGACCUGCUGGUGCAUUUGAACUUCUUACUGUUUCUACAUCGGUUAGCAGAAGAAGCCAGGACAAAUGCUUUUGAGAACAAAAGUAAAAUAAUUAAACCUGAGCACACUAUAGCUGCAGCAAAGGUUAUUUUAAAGAAAAGCAGAGGCUAG